GUUUGAUGACCUUAAUCUUGAUGUUAUUGUGUUGACUUGAAGGCUUGCAUGUUAUGUACGCCUGAAGGGACGACGAUAUCAGCAAUUAGAGCUACAACCAACACAAGGCCGAUAUGGCGUUGUCCCCGCUGAUUGUAGGCGCGCCCGGCGCAGACCAAGGCAGGAGUCCAGCUGGGGCAAGAUCAAAGCUCUUUGCAGCCGCGAAGGCCCAGAACAGCUCAGUAAAUGCGUCGCCGAUUCCCGAAGCUGCGCCAGAUCUGGCCGAGCAGUUGAACAUGAAAGAGAAGGCGAAAUACAUCAAAGGAAAGAAACUCGGAGAAGGAACCUACGCAAACGUCUACCUAGGCACCCUCCGCAGCGACCCCACGCACUUCGUCGCGAUCAAGAAGAUCAAAAUCCAAGCCGAGUACACCGAAGGGCUUGCCCCCGACGCCGUGCGCGAACUCAAGCACCUCCAAGAGCUCUCCCAUCCCAACAUCAUAACACUGCACUCCGUCUUCUCCUCGCGCGACCAGAACCUCAACCUCGUCCUCGAGUUCCUCCCCCUCGGCGAUCUGGAGAUGCUCAUCAAAGACGUCGAGGGAGUGCGAUAUGGUGCAGCAGAUAUCAAGGCUUGGAUGGGCAUGCUCAGUCGCGCUGUGUGGUUCUGCCACGCCAAUGCGGUGCUGCAUCGCGAUAUCAAGCCUAAUAACUUGCUGAUCGCCGCCGAUGGGAUGGUCAAGCUUGCGGAUUUUGGUCUCGCCCGCGCAUUUGCGGAUCCCUAUAAGCAAAUGACCAGCAACGUCAUCACGCGCUGGUACCGGCCCCCGGAGCUCCUCUUCGGCGCGCGCCACUACUCCGGUGCCGUCGAUAUCUGGGCUGUCGGGCUGGUGUUCGCGGAGCUCCUGAUCCGCACGCCGUACCUGGCUGGAGACACGGAAGUGCACCAGAUCAGCCUGAUCUGCCAAGCGAUCGGAACGCCAACAGAAGAAGUAUGGCCCGGCGUCGGCAAACUCCCCGAAUACACCGUCCCCGAGCCACCAAACCCAGUCAGGGGCCGCGAAACCUACCUCGGGACCUUUGGGACGGCGGGACAGGAGGGCGUGGAUCUCCUGAUGGCGAUGCUGGUGUUGGACCCCAGGGCGCGGAUCACGGCGCAGGCGGUGCUGGAGCAUCCGUGGUGGAGCUGCGAGCCGAGGCCGACGAGGAAGGAGGAUUUGCCGAGGAAAGGGGGGGGGGGAAAGCGCCAGGACGAACACGAGUCCGCUGCAUUAACUCCACAAAUUGCAAAUCAGACGUCCCAGUCACUCCAGCUGUUGGACGAAAUGACGUUUGCACGCAAGCUCAUCCUAGCAACCCAGUCACCAUACCCUUCCUCUUCAUCUAUCUCCUUCCUCCUCUUCCCCCCUGCCCGCCUCAAUGCCACGACCUCAAAACCAGGCGAUGCGGGAGCCUUCUCAGAGACUUGCUGA